AUGGUCCCAUCAAAGGAGGUAGAGGAGGCAGAAUUCACGAAGUAUCCCAACAUGUGGACAUGCAUGUGUCGAGCUAUUAUCAAAGAGCCCGAUAGCAAAUACUUUCUGAGCGGUAUCACUGCAUUUGAAGGAGGAUACCCUAAUCCCGGGAUUAUUCCAAAAAGCCCCGGCAUGGCGCGAAUUGGUGGAGAAGACUUGAAAACCCCCGAUACGACGACUCCUUCAUUCAAUUCUAUCCAGCAAUACUCUAAAGACAACCGAGAGAGUACAAACGCAAAAAUGUCGGAUUCGUUGUCCAUGCGCACUGCUGGGAGUCCUCUCAUAGUGCCCGAAGUUCAAAGAGCAAUUGAAAGCGCAAGGAAGACCAAGAAGGAACGUGUGCAAUCCCGUUACAGUGACGUGCCAUUGGAAGUUGCGAUUAUGAUUGCCGAUUUCAUCUGCCCUGUUGACUAUACACCGGCUGAUUUGAAGAACACACGGAAUAUGCUUUCUGUAUUGCAGUGGACAUUGCCUGAUUGGUUUUGGAAGAGGCGGCUAAAAGAGGAGAUCUUCAUUGAGUUGAACUCACUCAGGGAGGCCAACUGUUCAAUCGAUUGGCAGGGCCUACGGCUUGAUUUGAUGGGUCUUGUUUUUGAUAAGAACUGGUAUGUUUUAAGCGGUUUGCCGAAUCGUGACCGAGUGCUUGGCUUUAUGACGGGUAUCAAGUCGCAUUUUCUCGAAAUGCGUUGA